AUGGCACCCGAGUCGUCGUCGCCCGCCGCUUCCACCACCUUUCUGCCCUUCCUGAACGGUAGGUCACGUAGGGGCUCCUUGGCCUCCAUUACUUCUCGCCACGGCGCUGGCGUGGACAAGGACGUGCUCGCUCAAGCUUUGGACGACAUCCAUACUGAGGCGUCCAAGUCAGAGACGCUCACCUCUUUCCACGACUUCGAUGGCGAGGGCGGUCGCGGCACAAAAGAGAUUGUUAGCAAUGGGGUGAGUGGCAUUUACAAUCGUUUGAAGCAGUCUGUGGGAGGUGGUACUCCACAGGGCAAAGAGUCCAAGAGCAGGCCCAAGAGCAGUGCAUCCAAGGAUUCCCUGGAGACAGAAUCGCAACAAUCUACAUCUCCAGCCGCUUCACGUACAGGCCUCACGGUCUCCACGAAAAAGCCCACUCCGGACGCUGCUUCGGUUGCUACCACCACUUCACCAAUAACACGCACAUUCACAAAUGGCGACGAUGCAGGCGACAGUACCCAACCAGGGCCGAAACUCCACACGGCCGAUGGUCAGCCCAUUCCAUCGUUCACGUCUGAACAAAGCCAUAAGCGGCCUUUUGAGGAGUUGUCGGGCAUCAGAACAGCCAAAGCCCAUCAGGUUACGGCAACCAAGCAAGACCUGGACAUGGUACUCAGUCCCCGGAAAGAGGUCGACAGUAAGGACAUGACAGCCGAUACUUUGGCCAAAGUUCUGUCAAAUCGCGAUGCUCCCGCCAUUGACAAAGCUAAAUUAACGCGUGGGUCCCGCUUGCAAGACGAGGAUUUGGAGCAAGCUAUUGACGACUCGGACUAUGCUGAUGGCCCUGAGGACCCCUUGCCUGCCCCCAAAGCAGCGAAAGUGAACGGCAAUUCGGGUGUGCAGAGCGACGAUGUGAACGAGCCCAUGGAUGCCCAACGCCCUCCUAUGCCUCGGGUUGGUGUCUCACACCUGCCUGGCUUCGAUCCAUCAAGAGCGUCGUCGACUACAGGCGGCGCCGACACCGAUUCGAUUUCCAGCUCACACACUGCUGCUACCCACAGACCAGCCUUAGAACAGCCUCCGAAUCUGAACACUGGACUGCAGAGAAGGAGAACUUUCAAGGCGCCGCCAGGCUCCUCGCAAGCGCUUAGCGUACCAUCAAAUUUGAGACGAAAGGUGCUCAGCAAAGAAUUCUGGAUGAAGGACGAUAACGCCAGAGUAUGUUUCGCCUGUGGCCAAACCUUUUCAACGUUCCGCCGUAAGCAUCACUGUAGAACUUGCGGGCAGAUUUUCGACGCCAGAUGCACCAAUCUUGUGCCAGGAAAGCCUUUCGGCCAGGUCGAGCGGGUACGGCUUUGCAAACCCUGUGAAGAGAUCAUAUUUGGUAGCGACGAUGACUCGACAGUCUUCUCAGAGGAAGACGAUUAUAUGCGCAGCCCGCUCGUUCAACGCUUCUCUGAAGAAGAGGACGAGGUCCCGGGGCAGCUUGAUGGACCUGGCUUUAGCAGAACAGAUACCGAAGUAACAACACCAUCAAUUGGGAUCCCAGCCUCUCGACGCAACCGUGAAGCCAAACGCCGUUCUGCGGUGAUUGAGUUCGAUAGCCAACCGGCGUUGGCACGUCCUAGUUCCGCACACUCGUUGGCCUCGCUAAGCCGGCGUCCAAGAUCAUCAAGCCAUCGACGGAGGCACUCUCGCCAUCAGCCCAUACGAGGCCUGCGGUCCAGUAUGGAUGAACGUGGACCGUUUCAUUGCGAGGGUGAUCCGGACAAGAAAUCGUCCUUGCCGAACUUUCACAAUGACAAUAUCAUUGACCCGGAUCUCGCUGCAUUUCUCUCUGACGACGGGUCUGAGGACGACGAGUCACCUAACAUAAUGUCUGCAGUGACUGAUGGUCAUACCGCGUCUCCAGGCGACCGUGAAAGACUUGGUUUCGGUGGUUUCCUGUCAUCGGCUCUGAGAACGGGCCGAUCCAAGACUGGCGACAAGAGCAUGGCUCCAUCCAGCACACGGGGGAUCAGAGAGGACGAGAUACUCGCUUAUGGAUCGAAACAAAUCCCCAGAGUCACCAGGUCACGCAACCUCAGUAACGGCUCCAUGUCACACGGACGGCCAUCGCCUCGACGCAGCCGAAGCAAUCUCCUCUUAGCCACUGACGAGCUUGAUUAUCGCCCUUCAUCACCGCUCGUAGCCCCGAACAAGUCCUCUGCAAAGGUAGUCUGCAGUUCGGCACUGUACAGUCUUCACAGCAGGGAGAAGGAUGAUCUCGACCUUUAUCCAGCCAGCUACGCGCACGUGAAACAGUUGCUCGCUCAACUACUGCGUGAUGCCAACAUUGCUCAUGCGCUGGCCUGGGAGAAAGCAUUGAUGCCAAUCAUCAUGCAAUGCACUGAUGACGUUGAUCCAGACGUACAACAGGGCGAUGACAUGGACAUUCGGCAUUACAUCAAGCUCAAAAAGGUGCCUAGUGGGAGACCUGGUGACACGAGCUAUGUCUCUGGUAUCGUUUUUAGCAAGAACGUGGCCUUGAAGACCAUGGCACGUUCGAUCAGCAAUCCGCGUAUUGUUAUUGUCACAUUUGCCAUCGAGUACGCAAGAUACGAGUCACACUUCAUGAGUCUGGAACCUGUGAUUGCCCAAGAGCAAGAAUAUCUCGAGAACCUGGUCAACCGGAUCGCGGCUCUUCGUCCAACAGUCCUGCUGGUGCAGAGACACGUAUCUGGUCUUGCGUUGCACAUGCUGGAAAGGGCUGGCAUCACAGUCGCCUAUAAUAUUAAAGAGUCUGUCCUGGCUGCAGUCGCACGCGUAACCCAGACGACAAUGAUCAAGUCUAUCGACAAGCUCGGCAUCGACCCAUCCCAUCUCGGUCGUUGUGACAGCUUCGAGGUCAAGACAUUCGUAUCAGACGGGAUGAGGAAAACAUAUAUCUACUUGUCUGGCUGCGAUCCUGAUCUGGGCUGCACCAUCGUGCUCAGAGGAGCCGACACCAAAACGCUCCGCGCAAUCAAGCGAGUUACCGAGUUCAUGUGCUACGUAGCAUACAACCUCAAGCUCGAGAACUACCUGAUGCGAGAUGAGUUCGUGUCAAUACCACACACUGUUCAGAAGCAUAUCGAGGCGCACGAUGAUCCUUCCAGCAAUAGAGACAUUGAGCCGCGGACACUUGAGGAAAAGCAGAAGACUCUUUUGGAGACACUUGGCCACAUCGUCGGCGAUGAGGAAACCAACUUCAAGUAUGAAGGCUUGGAGCAAGAGACCAGGAAACGAAUCCUCUCAGCUUCGCCCUUCGUUGUUUUCAUGCAGCCAUACAUAUUGACUCAACUUCGCGACCUCGAGCGAAGACUGCACACUUACAAGCUGCUGCGAGACCGAUACGCCGAAGCUGAUGAGGAGGGUGGCGAUGAAGAGGAAGACGAAUCUGCGUUGAUCGACCAUUUUAAGCUUGUGGAACCUGAGAUGGUUAACGCACCUCCAUCCAAGGACCAGCCGAAGGCCGUACGCGAGUAUUUGCAUGCUGUUCACGAUGCCCAGUUCGAGAAAGCCAAACACACCUUCGACCUCCAAGAGCGACAGUGGGACUCCUUUGUUACUGGCGAUGUGAACCCCUUUGACCCCUUCUCACACCAGAAGAUCGUGGUCCUGUACUCUACAGUCAGCAGCAUCACGUCAGCACCCUGUACCGGGCCGGAACUUCUAGGCAUCGGUUUCUAUGCCGGCUAUACUAGAGUUGAGGACGAUCACGAUGAGGAUAUCCCGCUUGGACAAUACAUCGAAGACCUCUGUUUGAGCUCCAGCACUACGUGCAAAGAUUGUCAUAAGAAGAUGUACGAUCAUCACCGUCAGUACGUGCAUGGUUACGGCCAGCUGUCCAUUUCGAUUCAAAGGCAGUCAGCCAAGAUGCGCGGCUAUGCAAACACACUCCUCAUGUGGUCGACGUGCCGCAUCUGCCGACAUGAGACGACGGUGACUCAAAUGUCCGAGCACACGUGGAAGUAUUCAUUUGCAAAGUAUCUGGAGCUCAGCUUCUGGAGCAGUCCUCUUCAUCCUCGCGCUGGACUUUGCAAGCACGACAUUCACAAGGACUUCUUGAGGUGCUUUGGCUUUCAGGACAUGGUUGUUCGAGUUCAGUACGAUCCAAUCGACAUCUACGAAGUCAUUGUGCCUAGAGGACGGGUGACGUGGAAAGUCGAAGCAGAUCUCACUGUCAAGAAUGAUCAAUACUUGGUCAUCGAGAAGCGACUUGAAGCCUUCACUGAGUCCGUGAAAAAGCGACUCGCGUCCAUAAACCUCGAAGCUCUGGAGGGAAAGAAGUCUUCAGAUGGUCUUGCUCUGCUCGAAAAACUGAAGAUCAAAGCCGAAGAUGACCAGCAAGAACUACGGGCCAAGCUGAAGCACAAGUAUGCCUCUUCUCGUUACUUCGAGCUGAUACCACUCAAUCGCGCUCUCCGCUUCAUGGACGAGAAGGCAAUCGAAUGGGACGAGGAGUUUGCUAACUUUGAGCGCGACUACUUCCCAUCCGAGACUGACAUUCGCAAGAUCGCGGCGGUACAACUGCGUAAUAUGUUUGUUGAAUCUCAGCCGUCUGCGGCAGCCAGCGUUGCUAGUGAUGUGAGCGACACAGAAGAGGGAACGGAGAUGGCACUAGUGCGAAAACCUGGAUUAGGUGCUCGACGACCCACUGCCGACGAGAUCUUGUCCGAGAAGGCGCAUGAUGUUCUGUCGUCAGUGGUGGAGGAGCAUAAAGCCAACAGCGAAGAACACGAUUCGCUAAAGGCUGUGAAAAGCAAUGAUACUGAAGCUACGAUUGGCGUCGACUUGAGCACGCAAACGUCAACUCCACGGAAGGAUCAAGAAGAAGCAGUCGAGCGGGAUGAUGUCAAACACCUUGAUCUCGCCGUGUCUUCCAGGUCGCCAGGUGAAUCUUCGAAUGGGGAGACUGCAAGCCAGUAUGACGGUUCACCUAGUCCAAAGACCGGAACAAACGUUGGCUCGCCGGACGAGCCUUUUGCAACACAACCAAAGCCGCUGAGUUCAGGCCUAUUGGAGCGAAUUGAGCAGAUAAGGAGUACUCGAGCUGUCGCUGGUGCUGAAGGAGACACACUAGAGUCCAAGAUCCCUAGAUUGGCAGAUCUCAAGAAGCGCGAUGCAAGCCCAAAACCAGAGGCUGGCCUCAAGCCACCGGAUGCAGGCACUCGACCACCAUUGCUUCGGGCAAAGUCUCAGCCUGGGCAUCCCGGCCAUGGCCACACGCGAAGCGCUGAUCUUACUACAGAGCAUUCGAUUGAUUCCGUUGCCAGCGGUGCGCCCGCAAACGGUGAAGCACCGCCUGUCGACAAACGUUUGACGGAGCGAUUAGGAGUCGGGCGUUUGGCCAACAAAGUGAGCAAGGUCACACCGUCUUUCAUUCCACGCUCGAUCCCGGCCAAAAACGAAGACAGCAGCGUGUCUGGCGUCUCUGCACUGGCUAGGCACUUCGAGAUGAUGUCACGGGAGUUCGAGAGAGAGCGGCUGAGAGAGCGACGGCAAAGGGCGAUGCGGAGUCGGCAAGCAAGAGCGAACCCAUUGGCCAGCAGUCGGCCUGUGGUCGAGGUCUACCAGAAUGCUGUUGACGCAGUAGGUGAACGAGUUCUGUCUCAAGCCUACCAGGAGAAAGACGUCGCGGACGACAGAGGCGCAAGAAAGAAUAUGGAUGACUACGUUGCCAGUAGUCAACCAGAGGACUUGGCUGUCGCUGAGGAUGGCGAAUCUGUAAAGUCCACAACGACCGGCGGGGAAGGCGAUCCUGAACAGCGCGGGCCUGCUACCGAUACAGACGUCGACACUAGUGAUCUCGAGCGGACAGCAACGCGAUCGAGAGAUACCUCUGAUCCAACGUCUGGCAUGAGCUCAUCCAUUCAAUCGCCGACGCAUGUACCAGAUAUGGAGGGCUUGGGUCCCGAGCUUUCCAUACCCGAACACCGCAAGAACGUUUGGUUCAAGUACUUGGCGGAGUUUUGGUCGAAGCGAUCUGCGUCUGGAUGGUCCAAUCUGGAAUACCCACUUCAUGCUAGUGAGCAUGUCUUUGAGGACUCGGAUAUCAUCGUAAGGGAGGACGAGCCUUCGUCAGUAAUUGCACUGUCGCUUGCGUGCAAGGACUACGAAGUCAAGUUGAAGGAAUUCCGCAACCAUCCCAGCAAGGCUCCAUUAGCAAAGCAUGGCCACGCACAUACUCACUCGCAGGCGAGCGCUACCAACCCUCGCGAAGAGUUGCGUGAAGAGAUUGAAGCGUCCCUGCUCAGCGACACUGGCACGCACUUGAAAUACUCAUUUGCCCAUGGACAAGUCAAAGCAUCCUGCAAGAUCUUCUACGCGGAAUCAUUCGAUGCUUUGCGUCGCAAGUGUGGUGUAUCCGACCGAUUUAUGGAAUCGAUGUCUCGCUGCUUGAAGUUCGACUCGAAGGGCGGCAAGACCAAAUCACUCUUCCUGCGGACGCUCGAUAACCGCUUCAUCAUCAAGUCGCUGCAGGAAGUCGAGCUCAAGGCUUUCACCAAGUUCGCGCCCGACUACUUCAACUUCAUGAGCUACACGCUCUUCCACGGUGUCCCCAGCGUCAUCGCAAAGAUGUUUGGCCUCUUCCAAGUCAACAUCCGCAAUCCCGCCACCGGUGUUGACUUUUCGUAUUACUUGCUCGUGAUGGAGAAUCUCUUCUACGAGCGCAAUCCUAACAGGCGAUUCGAUCUCAAAGGCAGCAUGCGGAACCGCAAGAUUGAGAGCACAGGCCAGGCUGACGAAGUGCUUCUGGAUGAAAACUUGGUCGAAACGAUCUUCGAAUCACCCCUUUUCGUCCGUGAGCAUUCGCGCAAGCUGCUGCAAGCCUCGGUAUUUAAUGACACGCUGUGGCUCUGCAAACAGAAUGUCAUGGACUACUCUCUAAUGGCGGGCUUCGACGACGCUCGCAAGGAACUCGUCGUCGGCAUCAUCGACUGUAUCCGCACAUACACAUGGGACAAAAAGCUCGAGAGCUGGAUCAAGGACCGUGGCAAGAAUAAACCUACCAUCACGAGUCCGAAGGAUUAUCGGAAUCGUUUCCGGGUCAGUAUGAUGCAGUAUGUAUUGCAGGCACCCAACUGCUGGCAUCAGUUCCAGGUGAACAUGGCGCCGCCGAAGACGUUGAAGGAAGAGGUUAAUGUCAGGGAGGAGUUGAUGGGGGAUGAGGGAGUCGAGGUGGCUGCUUAG